CAGCCAGCUCAGAGCGAGAGGCUGCUCCAGAAGACUACCUUACCCACAGUGCAGUGCGGGGCGUCCACUUCCGGUUUGUGUGUCCGUCAGAGUGAGAGCAGGAGAGGGUGAAGUCGAGAUAAACAGUCUGGAGAGAUGCCCCUGGAGGUCAGAUGGCCGUUCCCACAGUGCCCUGCUCUGGCCUGGAGGAUCUCCGGCUCCCUGAUCAUGGGCAUGGUCGGCUCCUAUUCCUACUUCUGGACCAAGUACAUGAACCGUCUGAAGGUCCAAAACCACGAGGUUCUGUUGAACCUGAUCGACCAGCGCCCCGCCGACACACCCCUCAUCACUCUGUCCAAUCACCAGUCCUGUAUGGACGACCCACACAUCUGGGUCCAUUCAGAAACAGUCGCUGUAAGAAACCUGUGUUUGCGACAGGCGUGCUGCAGCUCCGACAGCUGUGGAGCUUCAACAAGAUGCGCUGGACCCCCGCAGCUUCCGAAAUCUGCUUCACCAUGGAGCUGUACUCCAGAUUCUUCAGCCGUGGAAAGUGUGUUCCCGUCUGCAGAGGUGACGGCGUUUACCAGAAAGGUAUGGAUUUUAUUCUGGAGAAACUGAACAGAGGAGAGUGGGUGCACAUCUUUCCAGAGGGCAAAGUCAACAUGACUGAAGAGUUCAUUCGAUUGAAAUGGGGUGUGGGUCGGCUCAUCGCAGAUUGCUCCCUCAAUCCGAUUAUCCUGCCGCUGUGGCAUGUGGGUCUGAGUGAUGUUCUGCCCAAUAUGGCGCCCUACAUUCCUCGGACAGGCAAGAAAAUCACAGUCCUGGUGGGGAAACCGUUCAGCGUGAAAGACCUUGUUGAAUCACUCCGAGCCGAAAACAAGAGCCAGAUGGAAAUGAGAAAGACUUUGACUGAUUUCAUCCAGGGGGAGUUUCGGAGCCUCAAGGCCCAGGCUGAGGCCCUUCAUGGGCAGAUACACACUAGAUCCUGAGUCACAGCCAAUCUGACUGAUGAGCCUUUACCCUGAAACUGAGGGUAACUUAAAACAUGGGACUGUUUUUACCACAUUUCAUGGUAUCUGCUCACAUCCUCUACUCCGCUGCAACACACAAAACUACACAGAAUCCACAGAGUCCUGACAAACCGAAGGUGGUUUUGAUUUUUCAGCUGCAUUGGGAUCGUGAUCAUUGAAAAUCAGGCUCUUCUGUGAAUUUGGGUGCAACAGAAACUCCUCUGUAACUUUUCAAACAGGCUUCAAGGUUUGAUUUCAUCGAUCCGAUUCAGGUGCUAAAACAGGAUCAGCUCCAGGACAAACUGUGGAGAACAGAUGACUGAGGUCCUUGAAUUCCUCAAAGUCACUGCUGCUCCUGUGUGCUGUCCGUCACUGAGGAGAGGAACAUCUCCAACGUUUGUAGAAUUUCGAGAAUAGAUUGAAGCUUAAGUGCUUCUAAAUUAACUUCAGCUGUGUGUCAGCUGUUGUUUUUCUGCUACCAUCAACCAGCUCAGUGUCCAGAGAAGGACAAGAAUGUUGGACGAUUCCACGUGUCAUGAUUUACGCCCAAUGCCAACGUCUAUUAUCACUGCAGGAAGCAGUGUGUCCUUUAUGUAACGAGGGGAGGAGUUCAGUUGUGGUGUUCUGGGCGUGUUACACAUCACACUUUUAUGCAUGAGGCCAGAACUUCAACCUUCAAUUCACGAUUCUUAAGAUUUCAGUCUCGUUUUAUUUUUAUUUUUAAACCAAAUUCUCUGUCACUGAUGAUAAAAGUCACCGAGCAGAUGAAGGAGCGUUCUUGUAUCAGUUGAAUAAACUCUCAAUAUUUUAGUGAAAAGGAAGAAGGAAGUCUUUGUGCAUCUUGUUGUGAUUUGUUUUCUUGCUCCACACAUCGGGUCACUUUCUGCUCCCUGGCGUAUUAAAACCAUCAACUGAUCGAUGUCUUGUGCUGCUGAAAAUAUCAGUCACUGCUUUACCCCAGUGACAAAUACAGUCCAGUACAUAUCCUGUGGCUGCUUCACAAUACAAGUUCGACCCUUUUGACCUGAAGCAGCAGUGAUUAGAAAUGCCGGGUUUGCAUCAUCAGCGACUUCUGACAUGAAAACAUAAAUACGUUGAAUUCCUCCUGCAUAUGAAGAGGAUUUAAAACCAUGGCAGGAAUUAGAGUCUCUGCCACCACAAUAUAAACUACGAUGCAAAACAGUAACCACAGAAUGAAAAAUCAAACACACUGUAGAAGAAUUAAAUCAAAUUUGGUAUUGGAUUUAAAAAUACAUAAUUCAGUAAUUCUGGCUUUGCAGGAAGGUUCAGUUCUUUUCUAGCGUUCGGCUUGAAUUCACUUGUUUCCCCACUUUCAGGAGAACGUUAGACAAAGCUGCUGUUUGUUGAAAUACUAAAUAUUUAUUGUGCUCCUCUGUUCUAUGGAUCUAUAAUUUAUAAUCUGAAGGUCAGCCGUCUGUCAGAGAGACACAUGCAGAGUCAAUGUUCGGAUAUGAUGCCAAUUGUUCCAUUUUCAGUUUUUCUGUUUUAACUUUAAAUCAGUUCAGGAACAUCAAUGUGUUCCCUGCUCUCUGUAAACCUCCUUAUGAUUUCUUAGUGGUGCAGAUUAUUUCUUUUCCCAACACAUUAAACUGUGAGGUUUUCUGUUGACCUUUUCAACAUGUCACACACGUAUAUAACUUGUUCAUCACAGAGGUCAGUGGCUUUUAUGAAGAAGGAAAGGCUGAGUGAUCUCUGUGUUUUCUAAUGAAUAUAUUGCCUUACUGUGAUUGCCACUCUUUCCUAUUGUAUGUGAAUGUCAAUAAAGUGUUAGACUUUUCUAAAUUUGA